AUGGAAAAAUUGAAGUAAUAAAUCGAUGGAUACAGUAGGAGAAAUAGAGAUAUUUCUGGUUACAAAGAUAAGGAAAGUGUAAAAUAAAUACUUAAUCAAUAUUAUCAUACUUGCGAAAACCAAGUAAGUAUAUUCUUUGAAAUUUUGAAGAAAAACGACCCUUCAAUAUUUUUGAACUUUAAAAAAUGGAUAUCAAAUUAAAAAAAAAAAGAAAAAAUUCCAGAAUAUGCUGCAGGAAAAUGUUUAUCUUAUGAAUAAAACUAGGAUAAUGGUUUGACUUCAUAAGAAGAAUACAGCGAUAGGCCAGGAAUCUAUGAACCAUUUGGAUUGAGGUAACAAAAUUAAGACAAACAGCUAGCAAACAGCGAAAAUUGCUCAGAUAACUUAUGCCUCGAAUAGUAGUCUCAUCUUGAUAAACAAAUAAACGAGCUUAAAAAUCAAAUCAAAGAGGAGCAAAAUAAAAUUGAAAAUUUACUUGUGCAAAUUGAAUAUUUGCCAUAAUUGUAUGAAGAUAAAUUUGGCAUGAUGCUGGAUAGUUCAAAAAACACUUUUGAAUUAAUUCUUAAAUUUAUGGAGUAGAAAAUCAGUCAACUAGAGUAAGUGAGCUAUAUUGAUUGA